CUUUCUUCAAACCGCCCCCCCCCCCCCCCUUCUCUCUCUCUAUUCGUAAUGGCGCAGCCUCAUUGGCCCAAACCCGACAAAUCCACCACCAUGUACCCACCAUCUUCCUCACCUCAGAACCCAACGGUCUCAACUGGUAUAACCCGGUAUGGUUCCGCCCCAGGUUCGCUUUUAACCAGGGCUGUCGAUUCUGUCAUUGGGUCUGACCGUGAAUUCUCUGCCUUGGGUUCUUCCUCGCCUUCUUUAGUGAGUCACCAGUACUUCUCUGCUGAUUCGUCCUCUCUCACAUCCGAGUCACCUUGCAAAGUCAACUCAUCCAGCGACCCUCGACCCCCACCCAAGAGCAGCGCCGCCGUUGGUGGUUUGCAGAGAUCGUAUGGGUUCAAUGAGAUUAAUAGUUCUUUAGUCAGGCAGAAAAGCUCGCCCGCUGGUUUUCAGUCCCAUCUCUCCACCGAAAACGCAGGUUUUUCAAUCACACGAGGAAGUGGAGGGCAUAACUCUCACAAUGGUGCAACUGGGAGCCACACGAUGUCAAGGUUGAAGUCUCAAUUGAGCUUUACCAGACAAGAUUCUCUUUCUCAGAUAUCUGAAAUUAGUGAGAGUGCUGCGGAAGGCAUCAAUUCUAACAGUGGCCACCAGAGUUCUCAUUCUUAUUCUGCCGCUGGCUUUGGGAUGGGGUCCUGGGACAAUACCAAUUCCAUUGUAUUUUCUGGUCCACCAAGCAAACUAGCAAAAAACAUUGAUGGAGACAUUUUUAGCUGUCUCAAUGGCUUAGAAACUCAGUUUAGCUUGCCGCAAACUAGUCUUGAGAUGGCAACAGUGGAGAAGCUACUAAGUAUUCCUGAAGACUCUGUGCCAUGCAAAAUCCGUGCCAAGCGUGGCUGUGCCACUCACCCUCGAAGCAUUGCUGAAAGGGAGAGAAGGACUAGAAUAAGUGGGAGGUUGAAGAAGCUACAAGAGCUUGUUCCUAACAUGGAUAAGCAAACGAGCUAUUCAGACAUGUUGGAUUUGGCAGUGCAGCACAUCAAAGGCCUUCAAAAUGAAAUUCAGAAACUACACAGUGAAUUGGAGAAUUGUACAUGUGGAUGCAGACCAACCACGUGACAUUUUGGUUAACUGGGAUUUUCAAGAAACAAGUUUUUAAUCCAAGGAUUUUGAAUUCAAAAGGGAACUCAGCCCAAGGCUAAUUUUGUUGUUGUACCAAGUUUAACUUAAUAAUGCAAAGUAGAAGAUUAGAAACUCUAAAAAAUUGUAUAUAAAGAAUUUACAAGUGCUGAUUUGUAUUUUACCUCAGGAAAAAAAAGGAUGUUUGUAAAAUGAUUUUCAAUUUCAACUUCUUUGAGCAGUUUGCUACCUUUUUAAGGAUGAUGCUUUUGGUUUUUGAAUUCAGUUGGCCUUUGAAAAAUGAAAUUUGCAUCAUUUAGUAAAAUGAGAUGCAACCAUUUUCCUGA